AUGCCGCGAUUAUACCACACCAAAUCAAGGACAGGAUGUACUCGCUGCCGAGCAAGGCGAGUGAAGUGCGACGAAGCGCGACCUAUUUGUGGAGGAUGCAAUCGCCACAAAGUAGAAUGCGUCUAUGACCGCUCUCCCAAACCACCCAGCUCUGACAAAGGCUCACCGUCCUCUGUAACCACACCAAAGGGCGAAACAAAUGGCAGAAAAAGCGAUGCACAUGCCCCUGUACCAUUCUUAGCGGAUGAGAGCCGCGCACGUCGUCUUCGUGAGCUCCGACUCCAACAUUGCUUCAUCGUUGAUAUCUGCCCGACCUUUCCAGGCGCCCAUGUCCCUCACAUUCACCGGACCUGGGUAUUUGAUGUACCGCAAUUAGCAGUCCACUAUGAGCCACUCAUGAACGGUAUUAUGGCCCUGUCGAUUCUUUACCUGUCUCUCAAUAAUCUUCCGGGCCCUGUCCCCAUGGACCAACUGAAGGUGCAUCGAGCGCAUUAUGUUGAAGCGACAUUGCAAGAACACCGAAAAGCCAUUGGUAUCAUGGACCGCGAUAUUGCCGAUGCUGCAAGCUUCACAUCCGUACUCCUUUCCUUGGACGCGUUUGCGAGCUUGAGAGAGAGGCCAUCACAUCCGUACGAAGCCCCUAUACAGUGGUUGUACAUGUGUAAGGGUGUCAUGAAUGUUUUUCGAGUUGCAAUGGACCUUGUCCGCGACGACCCGACAGCCAGGAUCAACAUAGUGUCCGACAGAAGUGCUUCCAUUGUGGAGCCCUCUGUCAUAUUUCGAGAAAGUAAUCGGGCCCGGUUUCCAUAUCUGAUGGAGAAGCUUGGUGACGAAACCAAUGAAGACCAAGAGGCCUAUGCGUCGACAGUUAGCUUCCUAGGAGCAAUUAUAGCUGCAAAGGAGGCUGGUGAUGAUGUUAGCAUGAUAGCUCGCCGGGUGCUUGUAUUCCCCAUCAUGUUUCCGACGAGGUUUGUUGAGCUACUAGCUGACAACAAGCCGCGGGCACUAAUAGUCUUGGGUCAUUUCUUUGCAAUUGCCUCCUUCUGCUGCCACUCUUGGUGGGUGGGCAACACGCCGGAGAAGGAAGUUCAAGCAAUAUCGGACCAUCUCGGCCCGCAGUGGCAGCGCUUCAUGGCGUGGCCAAUGGAACAAGUCAAGACCAGUUCCAAGAGCCAAUUCCCGACGCCGAGUUAG